AUGAACCUACCACAUGAAAGAUCACUGGAGCCUGACUCUCUGUCCCUCCAGUGUCCAGAUCCCGGCUCAGCACUGCUCCAGGUCCCAGCUGUCAUCACCCUGUGUCCCUUGCCCUCUGCAGCCAGCUCCUUCACCACUCUCCACCCUCACUGCUUCAGCCCCCACCACUCACCACCCUCACUGAUUCAGCCCCCACCACUCACCACCCUCACUGCUUCAGCCCCCACCACUCACCACCCGUACUGCUUCAGCCCCCACCACUCACCACACUUACUGCUUCAGCCCCCACCACUCACCACACUCACUGCUUCAGCCCCCACCACUCACCACACUCACUGCUUCAGCCCCCACCACUCACCACCCUGCACCAUCACUGCUUCAGCCCCCACCACUCACCACACUCAUUACUUCAGCCCCCACCACUCACCACCCUCACUGCUUCAGCACCCACCACUCACCACCCUGCACCAUCACUGCUUCAGCCCCCACCACUCACCAAACUCACUGGUUCAGCCCCCACCACCCUCCACCCGUACUGCUUCAGCCCCCACCACUCACCACCCUCACUGCUUCAGCCCUCACCACCCUCACUGCUUCAGCACCCACCACCCUCCACCCUUACUGCUUCAGCCCCCACCACUCUCCACCCUCACUGCUUUAGCCCCCACCACUCUCCACCCUCACUGCUUCAGCCUCCACCACUCUCACCCUCACUGCUUCAGCCCCCACCACUCACCACCCUCACUGCUUCAGCCCCCACCACUCACCACCCUCACUGCUUCAGCCCCCACCACUCACCACACUCACUGCUUCAGCCCCCACCACUCACCACCCUGCACCAUCACUGCUUCAGCCCCCACCACUCACCACACUGACUGCUUCAGCCCCCACCACUCACCACACUCACUGCUUCAGCCCCCACCACUCACCACACUCACUGCUUCAGCCCCCACCACUCACCACACUCACUGGUUCAGCCCCACCACUCACCACCCCCCCCACCACUCACCACCCUGCACCAUCACUGCUUCAGCCCCCACCACUCACCACCCUCACUGCUUCAGCCCCCACCACUCACCACCCUGCACCAUCACUGCUUCAGCCCACACCACUCACCACCACUGCUUCAGCCCCCACCACACUGACUGCUUCAGCCCCCACCACUCUCCACCCUCACUGCUUCAGCCCCCACCACUCAUCACCCUCACUGCUUCAGCCCCCACCACUCACCACCCUGCACCAUCACUGCUUCAGCCCCCACCACUCACCACACUCACUGCUUCAGCCCCCACCACUCACCACACUCACUGGUUCAGCCCCCACCACUCUCCACCCGUACUGCUUCAGCCCCAACCACUCAUCACCCUCACUGCUUCAGCCCCCACCACUCACCACCCCCCCCACCACUCACCACCCGUACUGCUUCAGCCCCCACCACUCUCCACCCGUACUGCUUCAGCCCCCACCACUCACCACCCGUACUGCUUCAGCCCCCACCACUCUCCACCCGUACUGCUUCAGCCCCCACCACUCACCACCCGUACUGCUUCAGCCCCCACCACUCUCCCCCCUCACUGCUUCAGCUUCACCACUCUCCCCCCUCACUGCUUCAGCCCUCACCACCCGUACUGCUUCAGCCCCCACCACUCUCCCCCCUCACUCCUUCAGCACCCACCACCCUCCACCCUUACUGCUUCAGCCCCCACCACUCACCACCCGUACUGCUUCAGCCCCCACCACUCUCCACCCGUACUGCUUCAGCCCCCACCACUCACCACCCGUACUGCUUCAGCCCCCACCACUCUCCACCCGUACUGCUUCAGCCCCCACCACUCACCACCCGUACUGCUUCAGCCCCCACCACUCUCCCCCCUCACUGCUUCAGCCCUCACCACUCUCCCCCCUCACUGCUUCAGCCCUCACCACCCGUACUGCUUCAGCCCCCACCACUCUCCCCCCUCACUCCUUCAGCACCCACCACCCUCCACCCUCACUGCUUCAGCAACCACCACUCUCCCCCCUCACUGCUUCAGCCUUCACCACUCUCCCCCCUCACUGCUUCAGUCUUCACCACUCUCCCCCCUCACUGCUUCAGCACCCACCACUCUCCCCCCUCACUGCUUCAGCCUUCACCACUCUCCCGCCUCACUGCUUCAGCCCUCACCACUCUCCCCCCUCACUGCUUCAGCCCCCACCACCCUCCACCCUCACUGCUUCAGCCCCCACCACCCUCCACCCUCACUGCUUCAGCCCCCACCACUCACCACCCUCACUGCUUUAGCACCCACCACUUUCCACACUCACUGCUUUAGCACCCACCACUUUCCACCCUCACUGCUUCAGCACCCACCAACCUCCACCCUCACUGCUUUAGCCCCCACCACUCUUCCCCCUCACUGCUUCAGCCCGCCAAUCUCCAACCCCCCACCACUCACCACCCCCACCGUGCUCCAGCCUCCCACCCACCAACACUGUCCUUCUUUCCCACUUCCACAACAACUCCUCUGGGCUCCUGAGUCCCGUCAGAAAGGCUUUCCUUCAAAGAGACCCACAGGUGCCAACCAAUGGGAGCCUGAGAACGGGGGCGCCACAUGA